AUGUGGCUUCUUGGUGCUCUUCCAGUGGGCCCCGGGGGCAAUUCCGGCCACCCCAGCCUCCCAAGUGUCGGUAGGGGGAAGUUGCUGAGCCACCGCCUUCCGGGGCCUUUGGCUGCAGGAAGCCACCCUGUAGCGCUUCCGACCCCUGCUCUGGCCACCCCCCAAGGCUCUGGGGGCGCAAAGGCAGAAAUGGGGUCUGAGCGUCCACACGUGCUCCCGUGUGCCCCGACUCUCCUGCACCUGGAGGGCUGGCCAGAGGCGACAGGCUGCCCCCUGCAGGGCGACGCUGGCGGAUGUUCCGGUGGAUCCGCUCUAGGCCUCGCCAGCUCGGUGGGUCGGAGGCCGGAAGGGCCGUGGAGGGAGGCCUGGGCGGGGUUUCGUGGCGAGGAGGCGGGGCUGAGGUCCGCCCGAUUGGCUGGCCGCGGCGGAAGGGUGGAGCGGGUGGAGGAAGCCGGCGGCGCCUGCGCGUGGCGGUUCUCCGUGCGGGACGACCCAGCGCCGGUCCAGGGACUGCAAGCGAAGGGCCGGCCAGGCUCCCCUCCCUCCCUCCCCCCCCCCUUGCCUCGCCGCCGCCUGGUGCUGCCCUGCUCCGUCCCACGGGUGGGGGCCUCCAGAAGCCAGCCGCCCGCCCGGGCACUCCUCAAGCAAAGUCCCGGGUUUUGUGCGAAUGAUUCUCCCGAAGGCUCGCUGGUCUUGCACGGAAAGGCCUGGGAUGCGCACCCGUACUGCAGGACGAUUGCGUCACCAGGGGGAAGGGAAGGGCACGAGCGCUGCUCACGAGGAAUGACGGCCGGUCUUCCCAGCCAGACUGUCAGCACGUCGGUCCACACAACUCUCUGCACAUCUGGGUGGUGCGUGCGUGCGUGCGUGAGCACAGAGCAGCGGGUGUGCCUGUCCAGGGGAGCUGCUGCACUUUCUCCAGGGUACCGGCUCUCUUUGACCAAGGAAACUCCUUUCAUUAGGUAUACCGAAUGCAGACAGGCCCACCUCACGUCCUGUCCGGGGAGAAGAGGCAGCCCCGUGGGGGUGGGGGUGGCUCUGACGGUUCAUGGCGGCGGCUGCUGGACCAGUGUGCCACGGAGUUUUGUGCCUGCUUGAGCUGAAGGGCAGGCUGGCCCCAGAGCUAGCCAGCCGGCCGGAGGCCACGCUCCCGGUGGGCCUUUUGGAUCAGCUUAAGUCUCCUCUCCUCCUGUUCUUCUGCAAACAGACCUGGAUCAGAGGUUGACUCCUCAUCUUCUGUUUCCCCACAGGUUUUUGGAAUAAGAACUCUUGAAUGUAUGUAUUUCUGGAUUGUAACCGACGUUCAAUCAAAUCAGAAACGGCUCUUGUAGUAAUCAGUUUUUGCUAUCGAGAGAAAACGAGGGGGGGUGGGACACAGACCCAUUUUUUUAUCCAUCUACGGUUGCAAAGAAAAAAAAAAUCUGUUUUCCUUGGGUAUCUUGAAUAUUGAAGAUUUAGUGUUUCUUCAUUAAAAUUGUCAAAAUAA